AUAUCUUCCACAUUUUGAGUCGUCAUAGACCUCUACUAUCAGUGGGAAUAUGAUAGACCGUGGCAUUUGUUUUCUUUUCUUUUUCUUUUUAGGGCUAAUAGCCGCUAAAUCCUAUAACUAUUUUCGUUUUCGCAUUUUUCAUCGUUCUCAGAAAUUCUGCCUUAGUAUAUCACAACUAAUUAAGGAGUCGCGAUUUGCAUCAUGCGAAGUAUUCCGACAAAAUUGAAGAUGACUUGGCAGCCGGACUAAUCUACGUGGCAUAGAAUUCCGAUAGGCAAAAUGACGUCGUUUUGCCUUACGUUUCUUUGAAAUUAUUAGUCACAAAACGACGUCGUUUUGUUGAAUUAGGGUUCUGGGGUUGGAAUGGGGAACAGAGAGAUAGAUGAGAGGGAGGAAGUGGGGUCUCCGCCGUGGCCAGGGAAGGAGACGGUGCUGCGUGGGGCGGCGUCAACCCAUAUCGGAGGGAGGAGAACAGAGAGAUAGAUGAGAUCUGCUAAAUUAGGGUUCCGGCCGGCGAGCAGUGACUUCGCCAGCGGAGCUUGAGAGAGAGGUGGCGGCGGCGCACAGUGAAGUGGGGUUGGAUUGGGGAAUGGUGAGGCGGAUAUGUCCGCGGAUGGGAGUUUUGAGAGCAGAUGUCGGCGGAUGAGGGUCUGUGAGAGGGGAACGAGGGCGGUGGCCUUCCAGCCGGCGGAGCUUGAGAGAGAGGUGGGCGAAACUUGAAAACGACGUUGUUUCACUACACGUCAUUUAAUAAAAAAAAUUACACAGGUAAUUGCCAUGUAGAUGAUAAUCACCCUUGUCAGCAAAUAAAAUGCCACGUAGAUUAAGUUAUGUUGCCGGAAAAUUUCGUCGGAUGCAAAUCGCGACUGGAGGAUUAGUUGUGAUAUACUGAGGCAGAAUUUCUGAAAUCGAUGGAAGACGCGAAAACGAAAAUAGUUAUAGGAUUUAGCGGCUAUUAGCCCUUCUUUUUAAUUAAGUCGGUUAUUUAUUCUUAGUUUUUCCUGUCAAGUAUUUUGGGCUAAAGGCUUGUAACAUGAGCUUGGGCUUGUAGGGUUAGGGUUUUCUUUUUACCUAUUUAAUAGGCUGAUAAUAAGGAGAGUCGUUUAUGUGGAAUUAUAGUAUUGUCUAGGACAACUAUUGCUGUAGGCCUCGGUGAGGAGUUUCUUUUAAUUUCUGUCAUUUAUAAUAUUAUCGUUCAGUUCUCGUUCUCCACCUUUACUCUAUCAAUUGGUCCGAUCUGCCAUGGUUGCUAUGACGCGCAGCACCGAGUCUCGACUAGAUUAUUUAGAGAAGGUGGUGUUAGAGUUGCAGACAUCGCUGAUCUCCCUUUCCAAAGCAGUCGACGCUAACCGUUCUGCCGUGGAAACUCAACUUGUAGCAUCUUGGCCGCCGUCUCUUCCACUGGAAAACAAUCCUUCGUUCCAGACGACCCCGGCGACUCUUUCACUGUGAAACAGCCGUUCGUUCCCGACAACACCAACCCCACCACUAUUCUGAUUCAAAAAUCUGACUUACCCGGGUUCGAUGGAUCUGAUCCCGUGGGCUGGAUUGCUCGAGCCAACCAAUAUUUUCUCGUCCAUCGCAUUCCCCCGGCCAUGAAGCUGCAGCUUGCUGUUAUCGGCAUGUCUGGCGCAGCCUAUUUCCUGGUUACAACUACUCCUGCGUCGUAACCCCAACCCGGCAUGGCCACAAUUCACCCAAGCCUUAUUGGCGCGUUUCGGUGAUGCCUCCACGCUCAACACCUACGAGUCCUUGUUUCUAUUACGUCAAAUAGGAUCUCUGGAGGAUUACAUCACUGCUUUCGAAAGCCGCGUGGCCCAGCUGCCUCCCCUUUCGGAUGACCAGUGCUUAGGAUAUUUCCUCGGUGGUCUCAAGCGUUCGGUGCGAGAGCAGAUACAGGACAACGCUCUAACUGACUACACCUUUGCAGUCAGCGCAGCGCGCCGUGCUGAACGUCCUAGUACCCCUACGUGUUACCCCUCUCACAGCCGGCCAACUAACAGCCACAGCUACCUACUCUUCCGACUCCACGGUUUCUGCCACCUCACUACCUUUAAGCAAGGCCAAAAACUUUCGCCAACUGCCACAAUCAGAGAUUCAAAAACAUCUUGCCGCUGGUACCUGCUUUCGUUGCGGUCUGACUUUCGGACCCCUUCACCGCUGCCCACCUAAGACGUUGAACGUCCUUGUGUGUGAUGAAUUGGGGGAGCCCGGGUUCAAUGCACUACACCAGCAUGCGCCUGUUGAGGCAUCCAAUUACCGGUCCAUACUUCGGCCUUGAGGACAAGGCUGUUGUGCCGGGGCAGGCUAUUGAUAGACCGUGGCAUCUGUUUUCUUUUCUUUUUUCUUUUUAAUUAACUCAGUUAUUUAUUCUUAGUUUUUCCUGUCAAGUAUUUUGGGCUAAAGGCUUGUACCAUGAGCAUGGGCUUUUAGGGUUAGGGUUUCCUUUUUACCUAUUUAAUAGGUUGAUAAUAGUGAGAGUCAUUUAUGUGGAAUUAUAGUAUUGUUUAGGACAGUUAUUGCUGUAGGCCUCGGUGAGGAGUUUCUUUUAAUUUCUGUCAUUUAUAAUAUUACCGUUCAGUUCUCGUUCUACACCUUUACUCUAUGAGAAUAGUUAUUUCGUUUUUGUCCAUAUCUUAGCUUCACGGUUUAUGAAUUAGUUGGUGCUAUUGUUUGAUGCUUCUUCAAGCGCUCUAAACCUACCCAAUCAGCUAAAUGGAAGCUCAAUCUUGUAAUGUUGAAAAUCUUACAGGGAGAUUGCUGAUGCCUACCUUGGAAUUUUGGCGCAAUCAGAGGGCGAUUUAUGAUGCGGUUUGACUUAAAUUUUUUAUGAUAUACUUGUUACUUGUACUGAUUUAUGAUCUUUGUGAUGGAUUGGAAAUAGAGUAUUUUCGAAAUUAGCGAUCUUACUGGUCGUACGUUAAUGUUUUCUUAAGAGUUUUGAGAAGUCCAAGAAAUUCAGUAAAAGAUUGGCUAGUUGCUUACAAUAUGUAUUUUGAGCAAUUUUCAGGGAUAUGUGGUAUUUUAUAUUGUAGAAAAUUUGCAUGCUCAAUAAGUAAUCCUCAACUUCUUUGAAGCUUCACAUUAACAGAGUUUAUUAAUCUGUUUUCAAAUUAAUAGUGCAAUUGUAAAAAUAUACACACCAAAUUGUGAAAGCUGAUAAGAAUUCCUACUUACUGGAUAUGUGACAAUAAUGUUACACCACCACUGUUAAUCUUUGAACUUAUAACUGAAAAAGGUUAUGGCUCCCACAUAAAGUUUGGCCUAUGCAUCACAUUUAAGUAGCCAGCUCUCUCCAUUUCUCUUGGGGUGUGUUCACAUGCUCGUAACUUUGUGCAUUUUGACCUUCUACUCUUGUUUACAUGACUAUUACAAUGGUGGUUGUUCAUCAUUAGAAACCGGAACUGUUGGACUGAUGUCAAAAGUUAAAAACAUAUUUCAGGAUCGAACAAUUACUGGAAUUGAGGAAGCAUGACAUCUUAGAAAUGGUUAGAUGUUUGCGACUAUUUUGUUGAUCCUUUCGUCUGCAGUUGCUAUGGUCAUGAUGUAGCUAAGCUUCAUUAAGAUGCUGUGAAUGAACAAGGACAAGACAACCAAUCUCAAACAUAUAUGCCUAUAGCUGAUGACGUUUCCAGGCUGCCAUAUGUAGGGCAAGUGUUCAGUUCUUUAGACGAGGCAUUUGACUUAUAUGGAUUGUAUGGAUAUUCAUGUGGGUUCGAUGUCCGCAAAGGCACGACCAGGAAAGGCAAAUAUGGUCAGAUAAUAUAUCAAACAUUUGUUUGUAUCAGGGAAGGAAUUAACCUGGGUACCAAUGAUGAGCAUGCAGAGACGCAAUCAAAAACUAGAAAGAGGCGACGUAAACCCUCUACCAGUUCAAGGUUGAGUACCUGCUAGAUGAAUGUCAGAAGGUGAAGAGCAUAUUCUGGAGCGAUGCCAUUGGUGUACAAAACUAUAAGAUAUUCUGUUUCAUUUGAUGCAACAUACACUACAAAUCGAUACAGCAUGAUAUUUGUACCAUUCAUCGGGAAGGACAACCAUGGUGGUUGCGUUACAUUUGCAGCCGGGUUACUAACCAGGGAGGAUGUGCAUUCAUACUCAUGGAUCUUGAAACAAUUUGUCGACUGCAUGGGCCACAGCCCAACCAUGUUGAUAAUAGACCAAGAUCCGGCAUUGAAAAUUGCUGUUGAAAACGUUAUGCCUGAUACAAGACACAGAUUCUGCAUGUGGCACAUAAUGAUGAAGGUAGCACUGAAGCUUCCAAUAUCACUUCGGGAGAAUGCUGAUUUGACAAGCAGAUUAUAUGAAGUGGCUUGGUCGGAGUUGGACGAACCUAGAGAGUUUGAAGAAAAGUGGUUAGGGGUCAUAAAUGAAUAUGGUCUGGCAGACAAUUCGUGGUUUUCGGACAUGUUCUCCAAGCGCAAGUAUUGGAUUCCACAAUAUUUCCGUGAUUUGAGGAUGAGCGGACUUUUCAGAACUACGUCCAUGUCAGAAAGUGAGAAUAGUUUUUUCCGUAAAUAUUUGAAUCGAAAUUCUAACUUGGCUUCUUUCUACAUCCACUAUGAAAGUGCUAUGCAGGCUCAGAGGCAUUCCUACAAACAAUUGUGCAUGACUGACCAGACAACCACUCCUAAAUUGAAGACACACACGCACAUAGAGCAGCAUGCGAGUCGCACCUAUACCACGAAGAUUUUUUUGGAUGUGCAGAUAGAGAUCAGCGAGGCAUUCAACCGUUGUCGCAUAAAAUCCAUGGACACAGCACACGAAGACCAUAUGUAUGCAGUGGAUGACCGAUCCAAUGGGGUGUCCAAUGUUGCUUAUAAUAUGGUAGCCGAUACCUUUAUCUGUUCUUGCAAAUUAUUUGUGAAGAAAGGAUUGGUAUGCAGACACAUGUUUGUUGUGAUGCAUAACAUUGGUCUCAAAGCUAUUCCUGAGAAGUACAUUCUUGAUAGGUGGCGGCAGAAUGUUGGAGCACAUUUCAUUUCAAAUGGCCAAACACAAGCAAGCAAUAAGCCGCUAAUGUCAGAGGUAUUUAGAUGCAUUGCAAUCGCUGAUGGGAAUGAGGAAAUAUCUACUUCGCUCAUAGCUGAACUUAAGAAAUGGGCAAAUGCAAACGAGCCUCGGUCUUUGAAUUCUGCAAAUUCAAAGGAAAGAAUCUUUCAGAUGUUCUACGGUUCCAAACUAUCCACUGAAAUUACUAUUCAUCCACCUGAUCCUGUAAAAACCAAAGGUAGUGGAAAGCGUUUGAAGUCAACAUCUGAGAAAGAACUUCAGAAGGCCAAGAAAUCAAAGAGGUUGUGUCGGAAAUGUGGACUUAGGGUGCGUCACGACUCGCGCAAUUGUGGCAAAGUAAUUGAGGAGGACAGUGAAGAUGAAUAAUAAUCAUACUUGAAUUUGAAUUUUUAUUAGAUACAUUGAGUUUUAGAGUAUGCUACAUUGAUGAAUAUUUUAUUUAUUUUCUAUAUUUUGAAUAACAUAAAACAAAUUCUUUUGGUUUUA